AUGUCGAGCAUCUCGCAGCGCCCCGUGCAGUACCAGAGCUCGCGGCCCGUGGGCUUCGCCGGCGAGGCGGACAUGUACGCCGAGGACUACGACUGGGUCAUCAACAAGCUGCGCGCGCGGGGCUUCAAGACGCUCCAGGACCGCCGCGCGGAGGCCGAGGAGCAGCGGAAGCAGCGCCUCGCCGCGUGGGAGGCGGAGAAGGCGCGGCGGGAGGCGGCGGGCGAGAGCCUGGAGCAGGGCGACGACGCGGAGAAGAACCCGUCGUGGUGGAAGGAGCUCGGCCAGCUGCCCGGCGCGGAGAAGGAGGCGCCGAGCGACGCGAAGCCGUUCGAUUUGAUGACGGAAGAGGAGAAGGAGGAGAAGAAGAUCCGGGACAAGUGGGGCGGCACGCUCGCCGAGUCCGUGCCCAUCUCGGACCUCAAGGCGCUCAACACCAAGGGCUACAUCCCGCGAUCCCAGGCGACGUGCUUCCGCUGCGGCGAGAAGGGCCACUGGUCCCGCGACUGCCCGCAGUCCGCGAAGAACCAGAUGCAGCAGAAGGGCGAGGACGAGGGCAUCCUCAACAAGAACCGCUCCGAGCUCCGCGGCCGCGACGCGCGCAUGUACGACAAGGCGCUCCUCGACAAGCGCGAGCGCGCGCACUACAACCGGGGCUAA